GAUUCGAUCCGAUCCGACUCCACUCCUCAUUCAUGCCACCACACAUUUCAGCUCAUGUUUGCUGUUCAGUUUUCGAUUUCGUUUGCGAUUAAGCCCCAAAACAUAAACCAGCAUUCGGUGCUGCCUGCGCUGCGAUAUUUGGCUGCAGCCUGUAGACCCGCUGUAAUGAGCAAACGACAUGUUCACUUGCCUCAAUUGCUAAAUUGCUGCCACACUGCCGUACUGCCGCACUGCCGCACUGUUGCACUCUUGCACUGCCUCUUGCUGUCGUCUCGCUGUCUUGCCAUUUCGCCUGCACUUCGUAGUCGUUCUGGCGUGCACUCGAUUGCCAAUUGGAAGUGCAACUGGAAGUGGAACGUGGAACGUGGAAGGUGGGGGCUGCCACCUGCAGCGAUAUCUACUGCUCCGCCAUUGUCUCGCAGCUCCUGCUCCCAAUUAUCCGACAGUCAACAGGCAAACGACAAAAAUCAACAAGGCGAAAUGGAAAGAAGGAUCGCUGGAGGAUCGGAGAGAGGAUCGAAGGAGGAGCGAUGGAUCGCUGGAUGGACGAUGGACGAUGGACGAUCAACGAUCCUCGAUCGCUGCAACAAAAACAGAAACAGCAGCAACAACAAAUCGAUGUCCCAUCGCGCGUUUUAAUGACAACGAGAGACCGCAGUCGCUGUUGCCGUCGCCGUCGCCGUUGCAGUCAAAGGCAUUUCCAAAGCAGAAGCCACCGAAGAAACACAAAAAAAAAAUUCUAUAA